AUGCUGGGGUGCACUGGCUAUGAGGCGCGUCCCCAGAAGAAGACAACGGUGAAAGAGGCGAAAGAUCCUAGGACAACGGCAUCAUCAGCGGAUAAUCUUCUAUUCCAAAUCAACUGCCUUGUGGAACAUAGACCUUUGACUCAAAGGCUAGGUGCAUUGCUUAUACAGUGCUCCCUUGGGCACGAGAUAAACUGCAACCGCACUGCCUUAUGCGCUUCCAGCAAAAAGGCUAGGCCCACAGCUUAUAACUGCUCCAUAGAGAUCGUCGACAUGCUGGAAAGGCGAAGAGUUGACAUCUGUUCUCUGCAGGAAACAAGAUGGAAAUCAAAUGGUGUCCCUCUCAUUGGGAGUUACAAGUUGUUCUGGAAUAGCCAAAAGACAGCCAAAAUGGAAUGGGAAUCUUCAUACGGGAACAACUGGCAGAAAAUGUACUGGAAGUUACUCUCAAAUCAGCUCACGAAACUCAGAAUUGGAAACCAGGCUCUGACAAUUUUCUCUGCAUAUGCACCACAGACCGAUGAAUCUGAAAAUGCCAAAAAUGACUUCUGGAACACACUCUCAGAUGCCGUCAGGUAA